AGCGGAGUCAUUUGAGGGAAAGGUUCUGCUGUGACGUGAGCCAAGGGAAAACGAAGCAGAAUACAAGAAUCCAUCCUGGAAAGAGCUCCUUUGUUUGAAAGGCAUCUGCCAAUUGAACCAUUGUCUUCCAAGGACAGCUGGCACCCUGACUUCAUCUGGAUUGGACUGCUCUCAAAAGCCAACAAUACAGAAGACCAGCAACACAAGUCACAGGAGGUCAGGGCUAUAGCAUCUCUCCCAGCUUACAAGGACUGGGUAGUAAAGGCUUUUGCAGAACACCCAAAACCAUUGAUUAAAGGACCGGAGUUUCCAUCAACUCAUGGAUAUGAAAAAGAAACUGGUCACAUCUUGGUUCACCUUUGCUGUGGCUGCAAACGUCUGCCUUGGAUUUGUAGCCGAACGCUUUAAACAAUCCAGUGAAUUGGUAGAAGAUGUUCGCGUUUCAGUCUUAUCAGAUUAUCCUUCAAUCAGUCCUUCUGGGUCCUGCAAAAACAGAUGCUUUGAACUUCAAGAGGCAGAGCCUCCAGGUUGCCGCUGUGACAACUUGUGCAAGAGCUACUUGAGCUGUUGUGAUGACUUUGAUGAUCUAUGUUUAAAGACAGUUGGAGGCUGGGAAUGUACAAAGGAGCGCUGUGGAGAGACACGCAGAGAAGAUAAUGCUUGCCACUGUUCAGAUGACUGCCUGUCCAGAGGGGACUGUUGUACGAAUUACCAAGUUGUUUGCAAAGGAGGGGAGCACUGGGUUGAUGAUGUUUGUGAGGACAUACGCGCUCCAGAAUGCCCAGCAGGGUUCCAACGUCCUCCAUUGAUAAUCUUCUCUGUUGAUGGCUUCCGUGCAUCGUAUAUGAAGAGCGGUAGAAAAGUCAUGCCCAAUAUUGAAAAACUAAGAACCUGUGGAACACAUGCACCCUAUAUGAGGCCUGUCUAUCCUACAAAGACUUUCCCUAAUUUGUAUACUUUGGCAACAGGGCUCUAUCCUGAAUCUCACGGAAUCAUUGGAAAUUCGAUGUAUGACCCUGUCUUUGAUGCUAGCUUCAACCUUCGAGGCCGAGAAAAAUUCAGCCACAGAUGGUGGGGUGGCCAGCCAAUAUGGAUUACUUCUGUCAAGCAAGGACUGAAAGCAGGCUCAUUCUUUUGGUCUAAUGUAAUCCCUUACGAGCGCAGAAUAUUAGCGAUUCUGCAGUGGCUAACUUUGCCAGACAAUGAAAGGCCUUAUGCUUAUGCCUUCUACUCUGAUCAACCAGACAUUGCUGGCCACAGAUAUGGUCCCUCUGAGAUGUUGCAUUACACACUAAGAGAGAUUGACAAGAUACUGGGGCAACUAAUGGAUGGACUGAAGCAGUUGAACCUCCAUCGUUGUGUCAACAUCAUCUUCGUUGGUGAUCAUGGAAUGGAAGAAGCUACUUGUAACAGAACUGAAUAUCUGAACACCUAUUUGACUAAUGUGGAUGACAUCAUUCUGAUACCUGGAACACUGGGGCGUAUCCGUGCCAAAGCUAACACGAAUGUCAAAUAUGACCCGAAAGCCAUUGUAGCCAAUCUCACAUGCAAGAAGAUCGAACAGCAUUUUAAGCCCUUUUUGAAGCAACAUCUUCCCAAGCGUUUGCAUUAUGCAAAUAACAGAAGGAUUGAGGAUAUCCAUUUGCUGGUGGAAAGGCAAUGGCACGUGGCCAAGAAGCCUGGGGAUGUGUAUAAAAAAUCAUCUGGAAAAUGUCUUUUCCAAGGAGAUCAUGGAUAUGACAACAAGAUCAACAGCAUGCAGACAGUCUUUGUGGGCUAUGGACCUUCAUUUAAACAUAAGACAAAAGUACCUCCGUUUGAGAAUAUAGAACUUUACAAUGUUAUGUGUGAUCUACUUGGACUAAAGGCUGCACCUAAUAAUGGGACACAUGGAAGCUUAAAUCACUUACUGCGAAGCAGUACAUAUAAACCGGUCAUGCCAGAGGAAGUUGCGAGGCCAAUCUAUCCUGCAGCUACAACACCUUCGUCUGACUAUGAUCUGGGAUGCACAUGUGAUGACAAGAACAGAUUGGAUGAACUCAAUCGGCGCCUUCAUGUCAAAGGAACAGAAGAUAAACACCUCCUUUAUGGACGUCCUGCUGUCCUUUAUCGUACAAAGUACAGCGUCUUGCAUCACCAUGACUUUGAAAGUGGCUACAGCGAAACAUUCCUGAUGCCUCUCUGGACAUCUUAUACUAUUUCAAAACAGUCAGAGGUGUCAGGAGUACCAGAGCACUUGGUCAAUUGUGUACGGCCAGACCUGCGCAUUUCUCCAACCAACAGUCAGACUUGUGCAGCAUACAAAGUGGACAGGCAACUGUCUUAUGGAUUCCUCUUCCCGCCACAACUCAGUUCUUCAGCAGAAGCAAAAUAUGACGCAUUCCUAAUAACAAAUGUCAUUCCAAUGUACCCUGCCUUCAAAAAGGUGUGGAAUUACUUUCAGCGGGUUUUGGUGAAGAGAUAUGCCAUUGAGCGGAAUGGAGUCAAUGUUAUAAGUGGACCGAUCUUUGAUUAUGAUUUUGACGGGUUGCAUGACACACCUGAAAAAAUUAAACUGUAUGUGGAAGGAAGUUCAAUCCCAGUUCCAACCCAUUACUACAGCAUCAUAACAAGCUGUUUAGAUUUCACUCAGCCGGCUGACAAGUGUGAUGGACCACUGUCUGUUCUGGCGUAUAUAUUGCCACACCGACCUGACAAUGAUGAGAGCUGCACGAAUUUCUCUGAGGACGAAUCCCGUUGGAUUGAAGAUCUGUUGAAAAUGCAUACUGCCCGAGUGCGUGACAUUGAGCAGCUCACCAGCUUGGACUUCUUCCGGAAGACCAGCCGAAGCUACACAGAAAUCCUUUCUCUAAAGACAUAUCUGCAUACGUUUGAAAGCGAAAUUUAACCUGCUCUUAAACUCAGCCAGUCCAUCCAUCCUUAUGAAGUGGUGUAUAUUUUUAUAUUAUAUUUAUUAAUUUGAAACAGGACAUUAAAAUUAUUAGUGUGUUUUAAUAACCUUGCAUCAAAUCUUAAAUAUGUUUUAAGUUGUGUCAGUUGUUCUUGAUUCUUUAAUGUAGGGCGUAUGGUUUUGGUCUUCUUGGAAGAGAGGUCUUGAGGCCUCUUGGUCAAAGCUUUUUGAAAUGGUGCUGCAAAAUCAGUUACUUAUUUUGAGGAAAAUUAAUUUUUUCCAGCACUCCCUUGUCUCAUUUUUUUUAGUCCUGUACUGUGUGUAUCAAACAUGUAAAAUGCCAAUUACUAUUAACUAUGUGAUAGAUAUAUUUAAGCUCCAUAGAGAAUAGAAACUUAAAUAUAAUAAAACCACACAUUCCGUUUUUUA